AUGGACGAACCCGAGGGAGGUCUAACACGUGUGACCCAGGAUACGACAUUAUGGAUUCACAUUUUUAUCAACAUGUUUGCCUAUGGUGUCAUCUUCCCUAUUGGGAUGGUGCUGGGAAUUACCAAGUCGCGAUGGCACGUCCCUACCCAGGUUCUCGGCUCGGCCCUUGCCCUGCUAGGUUUCUUCUUGGGCCACGCCCACGGCGGCCGAGAGUUCGUCAGCAACAACAUUCAUUCCAUCUUUGCCAACAUCCUACAGCUCCUCUUGAUUGGUCAGGUGGUUCUUGGUCUCUACUUGAAAGGUCACUGGGAGACGGGCGUUAAUGGCAGGAUCAGAAAGCUGAUCCGGCCAUGCCAUUCCAUUAUUGGAAAGACGAUGCCUCUGUUGUCGUGGGCACAGAUGAUUUUCGGUGGAAUCACGGCUCUCGGGUUUUGUCAGGGCGAUCAUGUUGGCCAGUGUGCCGCUCACUUCAUCAUGGGUGGUGCCUUUAUCGCGUAUGGUGUUAUAUUGACCAUUAUACUUGUCCUUGGCCAGGUCUGGAUGCAGCGGACCGGGCGUUCGCAGGAAUUCUUUGACAGCGCCGUCAUCGCGGCCUGGGGCUGCGUCAACACCUUUACUGAACACCGCUGGGGGACUGCUUGGAUCAGGAACGACUGGCAGCACACAACCAUGGGCGUCAUCUGGUGGUGCGCAGGCCUGGCGGGUAUGUGGCUCAGCAGAGAUCGGGAUGGCAAUCCGAAGCGCAACUUUAUCCCCGGCUUCGUCAUUUUGCUGACGGGCUGGGCCAUGUCGGCACAUCCCCAAGACUUGAUGGUCAGUGCCAUGACACACAGCACAUUUGGGAAAACCUUGAUGGCUGCAGGAACCACCAGAAUCAUCGAAAUCGCUUUCGUUUUGAAGGACAGGCAAUCUCUGUCAGAAAGUGGACGGUCUUGGAACAGCUUCCAAUACAUUCCCGUCUUUCUUUUGUAUGCUGCUGGCUUCCUAUUUAUGGGUGCGACCGAGGAACAGAUGAACCUCGUUGCGCAAUCUAGCAUGGACGGCGUAUCAUAUAUUCUCAUCAUGUACUCGCUGGCCUUUCUCGUGUUCUUGUUCACAAACAUGCUCAUUCACCUUUACGACUGUCUCGCCAACCCUGACAUGAACAGAAAGGACUUUGGCAACAGGAAUUCUCGUGCCAACGGACAUGCUGCCGAGGAGGGCCAGCUCAGAGAUGCUGAGGAGUUUGAGCUGGACGGCCUCAUGAGCGAUGACGAUGCUGAGGAGGGCCGGGCGAUGCUUAGAAGAAGCUUGGACCGGCAGAGCGUAGACACACCGAGCACUCUCGGCAAGAACAAUCACAGACGGGUGUAA